CCAUUACUUCCCUUAUUAUCAGUUUCAACUUAUUUUUUUCAUUAGCAUACCCGGAGUAUGUAAAUUAAUACAGUAAAGAAUCCCAAAUGCUUUUUCUUUUUUUUUAAAGCAGCUUUUGGGGAAGUCAAAAGUUAUUUAUUUUCUCAUAUAAAGGAAGAAGAAAUGAUGACUGCUCGAGAAGAAAAGUGAAAAGUGGUGAGUGUUAUACAGAAAACAGAGCUAAGAAAGAAAACAAAUGUUGGUGGUUUUACCGUUUAGUAAAAACCUCCUAUAUGCCAGACUCUGUGCUAAGCACCGGGGGAUACGAAGAAAAGGCAAAAGACAGGUUCUUGGCUAAUGGCGCUCACAGUUUAAUGGGGGAGAUGAUAUGCAAACAAUUUUAUACUGAUUUGGGCACACUGAAAAAGGAUUACCUACAUAUAACUUUAAUGCACAGAAGGGUUGGUUGUGACCAGACUAGUUUCAAAUAAUGUUGAAUUCUGGAGUCAGGAGAAGACCUUGGUUUGAAUCUUACUUGAGCCCUUAAACAGCUGGUAACUAUGAGUAUCAUGUUCAACAAUAAAUAAGAUGGCUACCCAAAAUAAUCAAAAUCAUUCUGUUUCUACUAACUUACAACCAGAAGAAUACAAGAUUGCAGCACUGGUAUUCUAUAGCUGUAUCUUCAUAAUUGGAUUAUUUGUUAAUGUGACUGCUCUAUGGGUCUUCAGUUGCAGCACCAAGAAGAGAACAACUGUAACUAUCUACAUGAUGAAUGUAGCAUUAUUAGACAUAAUCUUUAUAUUGUGCUUACCUUUCCGUAUGGUUUAUUAUGGAAAAGGUAAAUGGAUCUUUGGGGAAACUUUCUGUCACAUUCUUGGAGCUCUCACAAUGUUUUAUCCAAGUAUUGCCCUUUGGCUUCUUGCUUUUAUUAGUGCCGACAGAUACAUGGCUAUUUUGCAGCCUAAAUAUACCAAGGAACUUAAGAACACAAGCAAAGCAGUGCUAGCUUGUGCUGGAAUUUGGAUAAUGACUCUUGCAACCACUACCCCUCUGUUAUUUUUAAAUGAAGAUCCAGAUAAAGACACAAACCCUGCCAGCUGCCUGAAAAUUUUUGACAUAAUCCACUUGAAAGCAAUUAAUAUGCUGAACUUCACUCGUCUGAUUUUUUUUUUCUUGAUUCCUCUUUUCAUCAUGAUUGGAUGCUAUUCAUUCAUUAUUAAUAGUCUCCUUCGUGGCCGGACUUCUAAGCUGAAACCGAAGGUCAAGGAAAAGUCCAUAAGAAUAAUUCUUACUCUCAUUGUACAAGUGCUUGUCUGCUUCGUUCCCUUUCAUAUUUGUUUUGCUUUUCUAAUGCUGCAACGUGAGGAAAACAGCUAUAACCCAUGGAGCACCUUUACCACUUUCCUCAUGAAUCUCAGCACAUGUUUGGAUGUUAUACUCUAUUACAUUGUCUCAAAACAAUUUCAAGCUAGAGUCAUCAGUGUCAUGCUAUAUCGAAAUUAUCUUCGAAGCGUGCGCAGGAAGAGUUUUCGGUCAGGCAGCUUACGGUCACUAAGCAAUAUAAACAGUGAAAUGAUAUGAUCGGUCCUUUUUAAAAAUCAAGUAUUAAAGAAUUUCUUUUUGUUACUAGCAUGGUCAAAUGGUACGUUAAAUAUACUAUAAAAUGACACUGUAAUAAACCCUCCAUUUAUAACAUAUUUUAGGAAUGUUUUAUACUGUACUCAUUAUAGGAUAAAGAAAAAAUAUCCUUAGCUAUUUUAGUAAC